GCUCUAGGCAUCACAUACCGAUGCCCAGAUCAUCGCCGAUGCCCUUGCUCACCUCGUGUGCGUGUGCGUCGACACUGGCCGCGUACGUGGUACCUGAGCCCUUCACGCACCAAAAGGGCAUCAUGCAUGCAUAUAAGGAGAGCAACACCAACGGCGCACCAACCUCGCCAUUUCCCUCUCCGACGACCCCCGCACCCCGUUUUCUUCUUCGUUCGUCCCGGCCGUGACAUGCACGCCUUGACAUAGACGGCCUCGCUCGUUCCCUUCUUCCUUCUUCUCCACACCACCAAACCCGGCACAUCACAUACACCAGGCCAAGAGAUAUAAAGCAGCCGCGCGCGCACACUAGCUUGUUGCGCUUGCCGGCCCCGAGAGGCAUAUAUAUCGUGAGGAGCAAACUGAUCUAUAUAUGGUGGUGAGGCGGGCUUGCGCGAUAAUGGAGGGUGCUUUCAGCGUGCCGUACUACGAGUGGCUCAAGCCACGGUCGUCGCCGUCGACGUCCUGCUGGACGACGAUGACGCUCUCAACGCCAUCAUCGAUGGACCGAUUAUUAGCCGCCGUUGCUGGCGGCCACGACGACGACGAGGAGCGCGACGCCACGAUGUGCUUGCCGCUUCUUGGUAGGCUCGAAGGGAGGGCAAGGACUCCCGAGUACCAUAGUCCUGUCAAAGAAGAGCUGAGCAAUAAUAAUACCACCACCACCACCACCGGCGCGCGGGGAGAGGAGAGUCGUACCGGCGCCGGUGUUCACCUGACCAUCGGCUUGCCGGCGACUGGUGGUGGUGCUGGUGGGGGCUACAGCAUGAGCUCUGAAGAGGCGCCCAUGGACGAUGAAGAUGACGAGCAGGAUGAGGAUUAUUUCGAGCUGGAGGAAGAGGACCAGAAGGCAAGCGAACAUGACAACAAGUGCAAGAUGGAAGCAGCUGGUGAAGCAGAGCAACGUCGGCCCGGGGGAGAGGAGGAGGGUAUCAAGAGCUUCGUCGGCAGCCGCGGCCGGCGGUACUGGAUCCCGACUCCGGCGCAGAUCCUCGUCGGCCCGGUGCAGUUCAUGUGCCAUGUCUGCAGCAAGACAUUCAACAGAUACAACAACAUGCAGAUGCACAUGUGGGGCCACGGGCGCGAGUACCGCAAGGGCCCGGAGUCGCUCAGGGGCACGCAGGCGGCGACGCUGGCGCUGCUCAAGCUGCCGUGCUACUGCUGCGCGCCGGGGUGCCGCAACGGCGUGGCGCACCCGCGCGCGCGCCCGCUCAAGGACUUCCGCACGCUGCAGACGCACUACAGGCGCAAGCACGGCGACAAGCGCUUCGCCUGCCGCCGCUGCGCCAAGCCCUUCGCCGUCAAGGGCGACUGGCGCACGCACGAGAAGAACUGCGGCAAGCGCUGGUUCUGCGCCUGCGGCUCCGACUUCAAGCACAAGCGCUCCCUCAACGACCACGUCCGCUCCUUUGGAGGCGGACACUGCUCCGUCACGCCCGACCACCACCAGCAGCAGCAGGCGCCUGUGCCCGUGCCGCUGAUCAACAAGCAGCCCUUGGACCGAAUGAUCAUACGCUUCGAUCAGGGAGCGCCAUGGACGUCCCAUGCAUGACACACUGCAGGUUAACUGACAGCCACGCAUAUACAUAUAUAGACACAGCAAUAAGAGGCUCGACAUCGAUCCAGGUUGCUUUGGACUUGGAGGCUGUGAAGUAGAUGAAUUUUCUCCCGAGUUAGCUAGGGUUGUUUGGAUUGGAGGGGAUAUAUAAUUAGUUCAAUUCCCUUCAAUCCUUAUGGAGAAAUGGUUUAUCCAGAGACAAGCUACAGCGCAGGGAGCUUCAAACAGGGAGAAAAUUUCUCAGCUUCACAUCCGGAUUUUUAGGCAACCAUGUAUCAUUAUACUAUAUGCAUGCAUGCAUGGCAUAACUUUAUGAAAUUUAGUUCACAUGUUAAUAAAAUCAUUCCUUGGUGUUACUCAUUCCCAGAA